CUUCCUAGAAAGUCGCCGGAAGUGGUUCCGGAGGACCAGAAAGCGGAGUUAGCACAGGUGCCCGGGUCUCUGGGCGCCUGGAGACACCUGGGCGGGGAGAGUGGUGCCUCCACCCCGCGCGGGGCGGGGACGCAGAGGCGGGCUUUCGAGCCGCCGCAGGGGCGGCCCCAGGGUUGUGGCCGGGUCGGCGAGUCUCUCCCACACACACCUGCCCCGCCCCGCCCCGCCCCUGGCUCCUGUGGCCCCAGCCGCCCGGCGCUCGUCUUUGUCGCCCGCGCCCCUGCCUGUAUUCACUCUCUGAUCCGCGGGCGCGGGUGUAGACGGGGAUUCUGCGAGCACGGUGGGCAGAGCUCAGGUGUUAGCGGGGCACGUGGUGUGCGCAUCCUAGACCGGCGCGUGGCGGCGGGAUGAAGAGCUGCUGAGCAGGCGAAGACGCAGCGAGUGCGGCGUCGGGAUCCGGGGAGCACAGGGCCCCGGGGGCAACAAGGUACGAGAUGACAGCGAGGUCAGUGCUGCUGACAGGCCCCGAGUCCAGGGCAGGUUUUGAUGCGUGAAGCCCAAUAGCAGCUGCCCUGGGGGUCUGCGGGGGCCUCUGGCGGGCACCACCAACACGUGUGUCCCAGAAGGCCGCUGGCGUCCCCCAGGCCACGUCAAACCGUGACGUCCGGGCAAGGCCAGAACUGACCGCGGGAGCCUCGCCCAGCCAGCGAACGACGUGGCCAGCGGUGGAAGACCACAGAAAGCCGGGGAAGGCUGCUGGGGGUGAUGCUGUCAGACGGGAGUUCCGGACCACACCAGCGGGCCCCUGAUGCCGAGCUCCUGCAGGAAGGAGCCCUGCGGGCUCCUCAGCAUCCUGCCUUUGCCAAUGACGGAAGCCACGGAGACCGGCCAGGAGCAAACACCACACCGGACGCGGUGACGUUUGAGGAUGUGGCCGUGUGCUUCAGUAGCGGAGAGUGGCAGUGUCUGACCCGCGCCCAGAGGCACCUGUACACUGACGUGAUGCUGGAGAACUAUGGCAACAUGCUGUCGGCUGGCCUUGCCUGCCCUAAGCCACCCCUCAUCUCCCAUCUGGAGCAAGGGGCCGUGCCCUGCGCUGAGGACCUGCAGGACUGGGGGUUCCUGACCUGCUCCUUCCCAGUGUCGGCGGACCACACGCGGCCUGAGAACGGGGACCGCCGCGGGCCGGAGGCGAAGCGUGUCCUGGAGCGCGGAGGGGUCUGGGUCCCGGGACCUGGGUCCCCGAGGAGGUCGCCAGGAGCGGACGGGGGGACUGGCCGGCCCGCAGCGCGCAGCGCCCGCCCAGCCCAGGGGCCCCGGCCGUGCGCCCAGUGCGGGAAGAGCUUCCGCGGCCGCUCGGACCUCGUCCUGCACCAGCGCGUGCACUCCGGGGAGAGGCCGCACGCGUGCGCCCAGUGCGGGAAGGCCUUCAGGACCGGCGGACAGCUGGCGGCGCACCUGCUCACGCACACCGGCCAGAAGCCUUUCGGCUGCGCGCAGUGCGGGAAGGCCUUCGGCAGCAGGGCGGCCGCGUGCCGGCACAGGAGGGAGCACGGCGGGGACAGGCCGCACGCGUGCGCGCAGUGCGGGAAGGCCUUCGGCAGCAGGGGCCGCCUGCGCCGGCACGGGCUGGUCCACAGCGCGGAGCGGCCGCACCGGUGCGGCGUGUGCGGGAAGGCCUUCGGCCUCAAGCACUGCCUGACCGCGCACGGCCGGACCCACACCGGGGAGAGGCCGUUCGGCUGCGCGCAGUGCGGCCGCGCCUUCCGCGGGAGCUCCGACCUGGCCAAGCACGCGCGCGUGCACUCAGCUGAGCGCCCGUAUACAUGCGGCCAGUGCGGCCGGGCCUUCCGCCGCCGCUCGGACCUCCGCAAGCACGCGGGGGUGCACGCGCGCGCGGGGCCGGCCGGGUCCCGGGGGGCCCCCGCCCCGGAGAAGCCCUUCCGGUGCGGCGAGUGCGGCAGGGCCUUCCGGCACGAGUGCCGGCGCCGCGCCCACGAGCGGGGACACCGCGGGGACAGGCCGUACCCGUGCGGCCUGUGCGGAAAGGCCUUCCAGGACCGGCACUGCCUCACCGUGCACCAGCGGGUCCACACCGGGGAGAAGCCGUUCGCCUGCCCCCAGUGCGGGAAGGCCUUCAGCGGCAAGUCCAACCUGACCGCCCACCAGCGGGUCCACACCGGGGAGAAGCCGUUCGCCUGCGACGUGUGCGGGAAGGCCUUCCCCCAGAGCUCCGUGCUCACCCAGCACAGGCGGAUCCACACGGGCGAGAGGCCCUACCCCUGCAGCCAGUGCGGCCUAGCUUUCCGCCAGCGCGCGGCCCUGCUCGGGCACCAGCGCGUCCACACCGGCGAGAGGCCCUACGAGUGCGAGCAGUGUGGGAAAGCGUUCCGGGUGAGCGCCAAUCUGACCGGACACAAGAAAAGAAUCCACCCGGCGCGCGGAACCCACGAGCUGGACGGCACUUUGGGGGCAGCCCUCGCCCCAGGAUCGGCCUCGCACACCCUGUCGGUCGUCGGGGACUGACCACCAGCACCCGGGGUCCCGCACACUGGUGCCUCCCGGUUCUCGGGCCCCUCCCUGACUGGGAUCCCCAGAGCCCGUCCUGACCCGGCUGCUCAGGGACUCACUUCCAGGGCGUUGCCCAGUAGCCCAAGGCUUUGCCGCCUCAACUCACUUAACCACAGAACUGCCCUGUGGGAUGAGGAAGCGAAGGCACGAAAAGAGGACACUCGCUCAGGAUCACUUCACCGGGCGGUUCUGCACCAACGCCCCCCACCCCCACCCCACCCCUCCACGCUCAGACUCGCCCGCACCACGUCUUAGAGGCGAAGCCACAACUCAGCUCAGCACCCACCGUGUUCUACCUGAUGAAACACUGACCAUUUUUUAGCACGGUUUUUCUGUGUUGUUUUAACUUAAGGGCCGAAUGGUACUUCCCAUGUGGGGUCAGGAUGGGAAAGGAAGGCAGAUUUAGAAAUGUGACGUAAGCAGGAUGCACUGCUCAAGUAACAGUUUACAAGGGAAAGAGCACAAAGCCCGUCUCAGUUUCCUAUAAAUACAUCAAGAUGUCAACGUGUUCAUUUCUUAAA